AUGUCCUUCGGUACUGUCGCUGUGCCCACUAAGUACCACCGUUACGCAAAAUACGACUUGCUAGACGGCGAGCAAGAGAAGGAACGAAGUACAGCUGGAUUAUUCAACUCGCCAUCCACCAAAAGUGUCCAGUUCGCACACUUUUCACACGCCGUUCGAACACGCUUGGGGACCACGGCGACCCCAUACUUCAUGUCUAGCUUCCCGGAUAGAUUCAACCGUGUCGCCACGAACAUGCCGAAAUUGUCUACGCCCGUUCUUACGGUGGACGCGGCCAAAAUCCACAAGGUCGACACGACCAAUACCCAAAGUCUUCACGGCAUGUGGCUCGUCUUUUCGAAAUGUGCAGAUUACAUGGAAGAAGGACGGCGGUUAGAGAAUCUUACAUGGCGUCUAUGGACGCGUGAAACAUUUUGUGUCGCUCCCGCCAGUGAAUCCGACACCUCUGCUAUCCCGCUACUACGCGCCGAGUCUUCGGAGAUGCCUCCCCUGUCAGCAAGUGUCGAGUCCGUUGCGUCGGUGGACGAAGACCAGAUUGAAUCCCACAUCAAGCCUGGCCCAGUCGAGGUCAAGCCAACCGUGGUCGGUGAGGAUGCUUUGAUGCUCGGAAAGGAAAAACACAUCACCCCUUCAGAUCUCGAGCGAAUGGUUCUGAACAUCAAGGAAAGGAAGGCUUUAGAGCCCUUCCCACCCAAUACCGUUGUCGAUGUCACUCCCCGCGCUGCCUCGCCUCCUUCGACCACUCCUCAAGAACCCGAAACAAUCACUGAGGAGCCCAUGCGACGCCCGCACACUCUUCACUCCGCCGAGUCAUGUUCCACAACUACCGCGCCUGAGAACAAUGACAGCGACGCUGUAAUCACUGAGGGCUCCGAUACCAGCGUUUCGUCGUCGGGCGUGCUUCCCGGCAAGCCUAUUCUCACCAAGACGCCAAGCAUUGUGCGCGGCUUCUCUCCAUCCCAGAUUUCGUCCUCUUACCGAUCAAGCACACGUCUUGCUGCUGCCGAACAAAACGUCGCAGCUAAAAUGCAAUUUCAGCAAAAGCUCAUCCCUAAUAAGCGUAAAGGCGGAAUGUUCACUUUGGGAGGAUCAUCUGGCGACGACGAGAGCUCGUUUGAGGAGCGCAUGACGCCUAAUCAUACGAUUAACCCUCAUCGCAGCUCGCUUUCCGAAGAACUUAGCCGUCGUCCAACAUCAGAUGUGAUGAAGAACGGAGUGAAUGGCAUUAGCCCCGAGAAGAAGACUUCAUUCCGUAACGACGUCGAGUCUACGAUCAAACCUAUUGAAGAGCGCGUCUACGAAGAUGAAGACGCGAUCGAAACCGAUGACACUGAGGAGGAACCAUCCGAAAGCGCGAUCGAGGACGAAGACGAAGAGGAUUGGGAGGACUCGGUGACGGAAAGUGGGCAGUCGAGCGUCGACGACAAGGAGUUGUUCCAACGGGUUGAUUCACGACCAAAUCUUGUAUCGAGGCCGUCUCUUUUGACUAUGAUGAUGCACCAGCCAGCGAAAAUGGGCAUGCCGACGCGAUCGACACCAGUCUUGCAACGGUCUCGAGUGACGCCGCCUAAUGGACCUUCGACAGGCGCAUCUCCCGACGAUGGCGAGAACUUGACUAUGAAAGGUCGCGACGUGCCACGGUCGAAGCCGAUCAUCGUGAAGCCUACAGCUCAAGGAUCGGGAGCGCAUUCGCCACGCACCACACGACGGAAUAUGUUGGCGACCGAGUUGACCGAAUCUCUUCGCCGACACCUAUUGUGGGAGCGACAGCAAAAGAACACGACAGCGACGGCAGUUUUCAAGCGUCGUCACACUACACAUGACAUGGCCAACCUUAGGGAAUACCCAGGACCAAAGGGCGCAGCAGUCGCAGGAGGUCAGCGAGGUACAACCGACGGCAGUGCCAAAGACACAUCAAAGAACAGCUCAUGGAACAACUACAACGACUACGGGCCAUGGGAAUACCACGUCAAGGGGUGGUAA